AUGGGUAGUCCAGCAAGCCCCGUGAUUGCCAUCACUGCAGUGGAUUAUGUGAUAUCAAAAGCCCUGGAGAGGUUAGAUUUUGAGAUUUCGGUUGUAGCAGCAUAUGUGGAUGAUGAUCUUUUUCUCAUUAUACCAAGGGAUAAAGUUGAUAGGGUUGUAAAUGUGUUCAAUUCAAUUAAUAAAGACAUCCAAUUCACAAUUGAAGUUGAACAAGAUGGUAAAAUUCCGUAUUUGGAUGUGUUGGUGGAAAGAACACGAUCUGGGGAACUCAGAACUUCAUGGUAUCAGAAACCAUAUAGUUCGGGGAGAGUUCUGAACUUCAAAUCAAAUCAUCCUCUGAGCCAGAAGUUAGGUGUAGCACAAGGUUUUUUUAACAGAGCCAUACGUCUAAGUCAUGCGACUAUGGUGGCUGUAAGUACUGAUAAAGUGAGACACUUGCUCAUGAAUAAUAACUAUCUGUCAUCGCUUCUCAGUAAGUGUGAGAAAAUUACUAGUAAUAGAAUUAGUAGUAAUUUGAGGAUUGAUGCUGGUUUGAGAGGGUGGUCGUUCUGUAAGUUUCCCUAUAUCAAAGGUUUGUCACCCAGGAUUGGAUGCUUGUUCAGGCAGACGAAUUGUAAAUUAGUUUUUUACAAUUCGUGUAAAAUCAAGGAUCUCUAUAGCCCUCUAAAGGAUCCAGUUGAUAAGUGGGAUAAAUCUUGCUUGGUGUAUCGGAUCCCUUGCACUUGUGGCAAAUCAUAUAUAGGACAAACGAAACAGAAACUUAGGAAGCGGAUUAAUCAACACAUCAACGAUUGCAGGCCUGUCAACAUUAACAAGAGUAAUAUGACGGCAUUGGCGGAUCAUCAUUUUGAGAGUGGGCAUGACUUUCAGUUUGACGCUGCUCAGAUUUUAGACUAUGAAUUUCAUUUUCUAAAACGUAACAUCAGUGAGAUGUUUUUCAUCAAAGUGUUUGAUUGUGUCAAUUUUAGGUCUGAUACCCAGGGAUUAAGUUCAUCAUAUAGUGAUAUCAUAUCAGUGGCUAAAAGAUUGAUGCAAUAA